AUGGCUGGACAGUUCACCAGUCUUGUUAAUUCAAUCGGAGGAUUGAGUCUCACUGAUAGGACGACUGAAUUGAUUGGAUCAGCCUCUAAUUUCCCAAGACUAACUCAGCAAGCUCUGGUGGAGGCUAUUCGGAUACUGAUACAGUCCUGCGAAGCUACUUUAGCACACGCGGAGCGGGUCCAGACCUUAGUUGAGAGUACACAUACUCCAAGCGACCAGGGCAUUGUGGAACUGAGCUCCCUGAGAAGAAGAGUCACCGAUCUUGCUGGUAUCACAGAAACGUUCAACGAUGCAACCGAGCGCUAUAUCAUAGCUUACAUCACAUCGCUUGCUAGUCCAAGGACACUGGUGCAGAAAAUGCUGUCGCAUUUUUCUAACGAAUUGAGGAGCAUCGCUCGCGAUGUUCUUAAUAGCACCAGCGAUGAUAAGAACGUUCUGCGGGAGACUUUAGAGAUGUGCUACGGUCAGACUCUUUAUGCUUCUGGGACUCUGCACUCCGAUAACUACUUUAUUCCACUGGGUGAAGCUGAUCUUGGAUGGCCCUACGAUCCCGACUUCGAGAGCGAGGACUACUACGAGCAUGAAGAUCGCAUAGUCAUGGACGAUGGCUAUGCCGAGGCCUUUCGUGUGCGCUGCGAACGCAAAUCCGAGAAGGAACGGCAGCAAAGGGAACAAUGGACCGAGUUUUGGGUUCAGGCGCUGAGUAAAUGUCCCGACGGACCCACACUAUUCUAUUCGCCAGCAAGUUAUCUUCCUUAUUAUCAAUUUGCAGAUGUCCCGCGAUAUUUGUUUAGAGCGUUCGACUAUGAAAGCUCUGGCAGAAGCGACCACUAUGUCGUAGCUUCCGCUGAGAGCAUUUCCGCAACAUCAUGUCGCAGCAGAGACGAUCUCCUCUCAAGGACGGCAAAGGAAAUCACACGAAUGCUUUAUGGUCACCUUACUAAAUCAUGUUUUGGUGGGGAAGCUACCGACAACCUAGUGUCGUGGAGUAGUUCUCUACUGUUUGUGAUGCAAUAUGCGAUUUGGAGAUGCCAUCAACGUCACCGUGACCCCGCUGAGAUCGAAAUAUGCAUGGUCGACACAAGAAAGUUUCCUCGCGGGCAGUUCGUUCGGGACAUGUCAUUGCUUCGGGCUUAUCGUGAAGCUCCAGAAGUCGAGAAAAAAAUGCGGAGCUUUUUCAAUUUUCGUCUAGAGAACGCAUAUUAUGACAAUGGAGAGUAUCUGUCACAGGGGGUUUUGCAUCAUAUUGGGAGGUCUAGUGUGGUAUCUCUAGCACAGCUCAUCCAGGCGGGGUUACAUGAUCUUUAUCCUCAAUUUGCGGAUCCCGCUGCGAUGGAUUCGUGGACAAAACGUGUUGGGUUUCUUCGUUCAGAAUGGUCUAUUGAGCAUACAACAACCCAGCUCGACAUACAAAAAGCGAUUGAAAUGGCCAGAACAUGCUUCAAAAGUUUCGAUGCGCCCGAUGUAGCGUUGCUGCUAUUAUCAUUCAAAAACCGCAAGCUUCGCGUCCCAGCGACAAAAGGUACGUUUCUUAAAAUUUCUAGGUAG